AUUUCUACAGCAUCAGUGCAAUCAGAAUCAGGACCAAGAACUGCGAUGGGUCGCUGAGAAUCGUCCACAAUGGAAUUCUAGACGGCGAGAACCGGAGUUAGACAACGAAGCGUAGAGAUGAUCCAACGAAGGAGUUGCUUGCAUCCGCUCAUGACGGUGAGCACACAGGAUUGAAGAUUGUAGUGUACAGGUAGAUUGACUUGGUGCAGAGCGUUUGCAGAUUCGAGGAGGAGAAUUUGGAGAAGGAAAUUGGCGGAAGGGUGGGCUUAGAAUGGAAGAAACGUCGAGAUGCCGGGACUUCUUGGAUGCUACUGGGACUUGCACGCGCAGCCCUUGGACUUAGCGAAAUUGAGAAUGCUGGGCUUCUUCUAACGUGAUUACCAACCAUAUUGAUGGUGUGGUUGCUCAUGUUGAUGGCACUCCGAUGAGGAUCACUGACUCGGUAACUGUCAUUUAGGAGCCUGGUGACUAUCACACAUAAUUAAACCUGCACUCUUGUUGUGGUGCUGAUUGUUAGAAGAUAGAAUUUGCAGAUAGACCUAGAACAAUCAAUGUUCGGACGUGGAAUUGCGGGAUUGUGCUUCUGGGGUGGAACCUGAUUCAGCUUUCACUUCGUUUGAGUAACUUUGUCAUGGUUCGUUGAGAAGCCAAGGCCACGUUCUGUCAACUAAGGGAUACAGUAGAUGAAAUCUUACCAUCAGGUCUGGCAAAGGGCCGCUUUCAUCUUUAGCAUAUCAAAAUCAUGUAGAAGACAAUGCUGCCCUGGGACUCCAAUUCAGCUCGUGUUUAUGCACUUAUAAGCCCCGGUCUGCCCAUUCGCGAGGAAUAAACGUCGAGACCUCGACAUGAAGUGUGCACAGUGUGAGAAGGCGGAAGCGACUGUACGAUGUCUGGAAGAGAAAUUGGACUAUUGUGGACCAUGCUCUCAAGCUCUCCACAGCAAAAAGGCUCGAAUGCACCAUCAGUUGAAGAUACGGGCUGCGACGAGGGUCUGCGACGAGUGUGAGGCUGCUCCAGCGAAGUUGGAAUGCCUGAUUUGUGGGGGUGGACAGGUUCCUCUCGUCUUCUGCUUCGAGUGCUGCUCCAGCUUGCAUUCUCGAUCGGCACGUGCAAAUCACUCUGUUCAGAAGUUCGGGUACAAGCCACUAUCUUCCAGACAGAUAAUCAUUGAUCUGACUGAUGAUAGAGAUGAGCAGUCGGAGGCAACCAGGAAGUCAGAACCUCAGGAACUGAAAAAAGUGAAAUCUGAAGAUCAGGGCUUUGUGAAGAACCCUCCUCAAGCAGCACGAGAGGACAUUCCUGUUCCAGCAAGAAAGGCGUCAACGAGGAGCUCUGGCAUUCCGAAGGCCAGUAGCUCGAACUCCGGCCUUCGUCAAUGCAAGAUGGAGAAUAUCGAACCGCCACUGCAACCACGGAAAGGCUGUAAAGAGAGUUUUAGUCAGCAGGUCAAGAGAGAAGUUUCCGAGGAGGCACCGAGCAGGCCGCGGAGAGUCCGGUCCGCAAGAAAUUAUGCUGGAAUGGCAGGACUUGGUAGUUCUGACGAUUGCAGUUCCAAUAAAUCUUCUAGCGAUAGCGAGGAAGAAUUCCGCGGUACACGUAAAAUCAAAAGAGGGUCAAUCACGGUGGAAGCUUUUGUCGUCGAUGCAACGGACCAGGAUGACACUGGUCCUGCACACACAGGUGCACCUUGCGAGGAAGCUGUGAACGGUAUUAGAUUCAAAAUCAGGAAGAUGCUCGAGCUAGGUCUGCAUCCAGAUACUCCGGAUAUAGAAGCCCAACAAGCUCUAAAAAACGCCCAGCGCUUGCUAACAAAGCACAACCUAGAGCAGGCGGAGGUUCUGCAGGGAAAUCUGACUGAUACCAGUUCACUGACUGGAGGGAUGCGGUUGGUAGAGCUUAGAGCUAAAGGCAGAGAUAAACUUGGUCGUAUGGAGUCAUGGGUUUUGGAGCUCGGCUGGGUGAUAUCAGACAACUUUGAUACUCAGUUCUUCUUCAAAACCGGAAGCGCUUCAAAACCUUUCAGAGUUGUUUUUUACGGUAUUAGUCAGAACGCUGACUGUGCCGGAUAUGCGUUCGCCGCUACUUUCAACCGCAUCACAGCAAUGUCAGCGGAGUAUAUAGUCAAGUCUGCCAACCAGUGCGAUGAGGCAGAGAAGGAGAACCAGGAUGUGAAUUUCGGAAAAACGAAUCAAGGGAUCAAUACGAGAGUAGCCCGAGCCAAUUAUCGCAGAGGUAUCGUGGCAGGUCUGAAAGAAGCUGUUGAGGACUCCAAGAGAACGAGGAGCCCGAAGAGCGAGUCAUUCCAUGAGGGAGGAACAAAGUCAGAGGGUGAGGAUUGCGAUGCUUAUGCCGAUUUUCCUUCCUAUGAGAAGGAUGAUUUUUCCCACCCAGAAGACGAUUCUCACGCAGACACCCCAAUAAAGUUUUCAUGGCGAUGUAUGGCAAUCACUGCUCUUGUCCAGCACUCGAAGAAAGUAGGUGAAGACUUUCUACAAUCCAAAGGGAUCAAGGUCCGAAAGAGGACUAUACCAAACAGAUCGCAGGCAUUUCACGAGGACGCUUAUGUGCAAGGGAAGAAGGAUGCGGAGUCCAUAGACAUGAACCAAAAGGCACUCGAAAAUGUUAAGGCUAAGAGAUCUAAAAAGACCCGAGGUUAGAUUGGCUAGAAGCAUACCACAAACUAUAGAACUCUCUAAUCUACCGUUUUGACACUAACUGUCAAAGCGUCACUUCGGGUUGCCAAGCUUUGUACAGAACCUGCAAUGGAGGAUCCUACUUACUCCGAAAGUUGUACACUUACGUACAUGUAAUGUGCAUACUUUUAAGCUUUGCCUUGGUUUAGAGUUUAAGAUGCAACAGACCUACUUCCGAGUUUU